UUCGUCGUAUGUUGUAGCUAUUUCUUUCCUUGCGAUAAAAUGCAUAAAUAUAAUAAUACAUUUUUAUCCCUUAUUAUGAAAACGUGACCGAUUUUAUACUUAAUUACUUCAGAUGGAUAAUUGGGAAAUCAUUACUUACACCAAAGAAUAGUGAAAACGAUUUUACUCUGUAUUAUCUAGACAAAAAAUGUCGAAGAAUGGCGAAGUGACAUCAAAUCAAGGCCCCAGUAGACCUAUCAUGCCAAAACCAGAUUUGAAUUUAUUCAAUUCGGAAAAACGUAAAGUACUCGAGCUGCCUUUCGGAAGCUCAUCGGGCGAUGGAGCCGCUUUUAUGCCAUUUCCUGCAAAUACUUCUACGGCACCGAGACCCAGAGUGCCAUCACGUACUAUAAGAGAUGUUCUACCCGAUAAUACUAGGGACAGAAAUAGAAUUUAUCCAUCCAUGCAAUCAUCAGGUAAACUUCAACUUUCUGCAACAGAAAUAUAUGAUUUUACAGCUGAUGAUCUGCAGGAUUUGGGUGAAAUUGGACGAGGUGGAUUUGGAGCAGUCAACAAAAUGGUCCACCGAAAAACUAAUCGUGUUAUGGCUGUAAAACGUAUACGAUCAACUGUGGAUGAAAAAGAGCAAAAACAGUUAUUAAUGGACUUAGAAGUAGUAAUGAAAAGCAAUGAAUGCCCAUAUAUUGUUGAAUUUUAUGGAGCAUUGUUUAAGGAGGGUGAUUGCUGGAUAUGUAUGGAACUUAUGGAUACAUCAUUAGACAAAUUUUAUAAAUUCAUAUGUGAAAGAAUGCAGAAACGGAUACCUGAAAAUAUUAUAGCUAAAAUUACACUUGCGACAGUCAAAGCUUUAAAUUAUUUGAAAGAAAAACUAAAAAUAAUACAUAGGGAUGUAAAGCCAUCAAAUAUACUUUUAGACAGAAGGGGCAAUAUAAAAUUAUGUGAUUUUGGUAUAUCUGGCAAAUUGGUAGAUUCUAUAGCCCGUACACGCGACGCUGGAUGUAGACCAUACAUGGCACCAGAACGUAUUGAUCCGGGACGAGCGCGAGGCUACGACGUUCGAUCGGACGUGUGGUCUUUGGGAAUAACUCUAAUGGAGGUAGCGACAGGCGCAUUCCCUUAUCCGCGCUGGGGUUCUGUCUUCGAACAACUUCAGCAAGUCGUGCAGGGCGACCCACCGCGCCUCACAAAUAAUAACAACACCUUCUCGAAUAACUUUGUUGAGUUUGUUAAUACUUGUCUCAUUAAAGAAGAAACUCAACGUCCUAAAUACAACAGACUAUUGGAAAGUCCAUUUAUAAAAGGUAUUGAUCAAAGCAGAGUUGACGUUGCAGCAUAUGUGUGUGAAGUACUUGACGCAAUGGAACGCAACGGUGUUAGUCCAUUCACCACAGACCAACCUGCACAGGCAUGGGUUGAUUAAUUAUUACUUUUGUAAAUUGUAAUUGCACCCGGCUUCUUUGUACAUUGUUGAUUUAGUUAAGUCACAUUUAAACACACUUGAAGGUUUAAUAUUAGAAUGGUUCGUGUUUUAACGACCUCAGUAUACACA